UAUUGGUGGAAAGCAGUGGACCAACGACGUACUGACACUUGUCUCGCUCCUCCUCCCUGCCCCACUAAUGCACCCACAACAGCAUCUGCCGCUCGCCCAUGGCCGAGGCCGUGCUCGCCAACGAGGCGCGCCUCCGCCCCGGCCUCAACCUGCGCAUCGACUCGGCCGGCACGGGCGCGUACCAUGCCGGCGACGAUGCCGACCCGCGCACGAUUGCCGUGUGCAAGAAGAACAACGUCCCCAUCCACUGCAUUGCGCGCCGUGUGCGCGACUCGGACUUUGACGAGUUUGACUACAUCCUGGCCAUGGACCAGUCGAACCUCCAGACCCUCCUCACCCGCAAGCCAAAACACGCCAAGGCGCGCAUCGCCCUCUUCGGCACGUUCGACCCCGACCUCGCGCUCGCGUCGCCCGGCGCGCGCCGCCAGCGCCCCCGCGCCAUCGAGGAUCCGUACUAUGGCGGCGACCGCGGCUUUGACGAGUGCUACGAGCAGUGUGUGCGCUACGCCCGCGGCUUCCUCGACUUUCUCCAGCAGGGCGGCGGCGACAUUCCCAAGUUGUAAGCGGCACCGGCCGCGGCGCGUGGCGUACCUGCCAGUCGAGGCAGCGACGCCAGCGACGUCGCCCGUCGCGUACACGCCGCUCCGAGCCGUUGGACCGUCAUGGACUCGACCCAGUUACGACUUCCCGUUAGACCAUAAAAUACAGCAAGCAGCCCACAGCCCAGCCAGC